UGACUGUCAUCAUCAGCCAGCCGAUCCCGUCCACCGGAGCCCCGAGCCUAUGACCGGAUCCCGUCCUGCGCGCUGCCUACAGUAGACAACAAUGUACAGUCGCGGCGAGUGAUCCGAGCCCCGCUCCGUCCCUAUGCUAACCGCACCAGCAGCACCGAAACACGGCCGCCCCGUCGAGAUCUCGGGUCGCACACGCAGGGAUUGUAAUCGUCCAUAUUCGCGCAGCACGGAGAACAGCGGUAGCUAACGAAUUAGCGUAUUUUUCCAGGUAGCGCUGGCUUUUUUUCAGGUAACACCCGGGAAGGCUCUGACAAAGGCGGAGGAAGGUGGCUUGAAAGCUAAGGAUGAAUCGCUUUCGAAAGUGGCUGUACAAGCCAAAGCGGACGGACCCGCAGCUGUUGGCCCAGUUCUACUACGCGGAUGAGGAGCUCAACCAGGUCGCCAUGGAGCUGGACGGGCUGGACGGACGCCGCGACCCGCAGAGGUGCACGCUAUUGGUCAACCAGUUCCGCUCCUGCCAGGAUAACGUGUUGAACAUCAUUAACCAGAUCAUGGAGGAGUGUAUCCCAGAUGAGCGGGCCAACAGAGACUUCUGUGUCAAGUUCCCCGAAGAGAUUCGUCAUGACAACCUGGCAGGACAACUGUGGUUUGGAGCAGAGUGUCUAGCGGCGGGCUCCAUCAUCAUGAACCGUGAGAUUGAGAGCAUGGCGAUGCGGCCGCUGGCGCGGGAGCUGACGAGGAGUCUGGAGGAGGUGCGGAAUCUGACGCGGGAGCAGGCGCUCCGAGACCUCCUCACCUACACACAGCGCAUCCGGGACGCCCUCACACACUUCGACAGCCUCUUCGCCGAGUUUGAGCUCUGUUAUGUAUCCGCUAUGGUUCCGGUGAAGUCCCCUAAAGAGUACUACACCCAGCAAGAGGUCAUCGUGCUCUUCUGUGAGACUGUAGAGAGGGCGCUAAAGCUAGGCUACCUCACACAAGAUAUGAUCGAUGAUUACGAACCCGCUCUCAUGUUUACUAUCCCAAGACUCGCCAUCGUCUGUGGUCUGGUGGUGUAUUCUGAAGGUCCUCUGAAUCUGGAGCGGAAGGCAGAAGACAUGUCAGAACUCUUCAGACCAUUCCGUACUCUACUCAAGAAGAUCAGGGACCUGCUGCAGACGCUGACGGAGGAGGAGCUGCAGGCGCUGGAGAGGAGUUUGUGCAUCUCGUCAGACUUCCCCCCCAACGCCACCACCCCCCCCAGCCCCCCGCACACACACACACUCACACACACACACACACACACACUGCCCCCGCAGGCCGAGGAGGCCAGCCAAUGGGAGGAGGUGGGCGUGGCCCUGCUGGGGGAAACGGAGGAGGAAGAGGCGGGGCUUGAGCAGGAAGAGGUGGGGCUUGAGCAGGAAGAGGCGGGGCUUGAACAGGAAGAGGAAGUGGAGCUGGCGUGCUCCAUGCAGUACGACGAGGAGGAGUACGAGCAGCUCAACAUGCUGGUGCAUCGCCUCGGCGACCACAUGACAUCACUGCUGUCCCCGCCCAGCUCCAGCACCGCCUCCAGCACAAACCCCUCCCCCCUGCACACACACGCCACACACACACUCACACACACGCACCCCAAACACACACUCACACACACACACACACACACGCUGGAGGACGAGCGAGUCUUCCUCAUGGACGACCUGGAGGGGGGAGGAGCCAUCGCCACCAUCACCAAUGAGGACGAGCUCCGCGUAGCUCCCGCCCCCUCUCGGCCCUCGCCCAAUCACACGCCUGGCCCGCACACCCUCUGCAACGGUUGGGCGCGGCCGUGCUCGUCAGAUGAGGCGUUCGCUACACACACACACACGCACACGCACACACACACGACUCACCACAGCGGCUGGGGAGGCCGUGGAGGGGCGGAGCCUGCUGAGGUCAUCGCCAGCAGAACGGGCGGAAUGAAGCUGUCGGCCACCGUCAUCUUCAACCCCGUCAGCCAAUCAGAGCGCACGCUGGUGCUGCCGCGGCCUGGAGAGGCGGGGUCUUGUGGAGGGGGCGUCGGCCUGCUGCACUCCUGUGUGUGUUGCGCUGGUUGCCAUGACGCCCAUGACAGCGUCAGCCUGGAGACGGCAGCCAUGGCAACACUGGGCCUGUCGCUAGGGCUGGACAAGCGGCGGUCGGCAAGGAAAGGAGACGUCCAGCUGACUCCGCCUUCCCCACGCACAAGCCACGCCCCUCACACACCCACGAGCACAAGCCACGCCCCUCACACACCCACGAGCACAAGCCACACCCCUCACACACCCACGAGCACAGAACACACCCCUCACACAGACCCCAGUGAGGACACGUCCGCGCGCACACACACACACACACACACACACACUAGCGAAGAGCUCCCAGCACACGAGGAACACACUCCUCCUGCAGCCACGUGCAGAGAGCCGAGUCCAGCCACGACCUCGCGGCCCCUGGGGUCAAAGGUCAUCCCAGCCAGGAGUGAGGAGAGCGACACGCAGCGCAGCGCCAUUAGAGACGCCAAGAGGACCAGCAGGCUGCAGGACUCUCCUCUCAGCUCAGUGUCCAGUAGUGACUGUGAGAGUGUGUCUGUCACAACAUGCAGCCUGUCAAGCACAUACACUCCCAGCCCCAUCAGUAGUCUGUCCAGCAGUUCUGAGGGUCUGGAUCAUCAGGAGAUGCAGCUGGCCCUCCAGGCUGCCAAGAUGGCCGCCCGCAACAAGAUCCGCGCUCGUUUCCAUAGCAGCAGCGACCUCAUCCACCGCCUCUUCGUCUGUAUAUCAGGUGUGGCAGAUCAGCUGCAGACGAACUAUGCCAGUGACCUGCGGAGCAUCCUCAAGACACUGUUUGAAGUCAUGGCAACCAAAUCUGACCAGGGCAACAAUGACGAGCAAAAAAAAGGGCCGGUGCGUAAUGGUCUGUUGGAAGACUGUGUUCUGUGUCAGGAGAGCAGCUCCUCUUCAGAUGUCGCUGCCAAGACCCACGAAGGACAGGUGGAGGACCCUCCAGAGUGGGUUCCUGAUGACGCGUGCAGCGCGUGUGUGUCCUGUAAGGCUCCGUUCACCGUCAUCCGCCGCAAACACCACUGCAGGAGCUGUGGGAAGAUUUUCUGCUCGCGUUGCUCCUCCCACUCUGCCCCGUUGCCGAGAUACGGUCAGAUGAAGCCGGUGCGCGUGUGCACACAUUGCUACGUGUUCCACGUCACCCCCUUCUACAGCGACCGCUCCGUCUGACACACACACACACACACACACACACACACACACACACACACACACACACACACACACACCCUUCUACAGUGACCGCUCCAUCUGACACACACACACACACACACACACACACACACACACACACCCUUCUACAGUGACCGCUCCAUCUGACACACACACACGUUCCACACACACGUUCAACACACACGUUCAACACACACACUCCACACACACAAUCAACACACACAUUGAAACCUCUAGCAAACUCAGAAGGUUCUCUGGACAUACUGACAUUUUAACUCACACACACACUCACACACAUGCACUCACGCUGCUGCAGAACUCUCACACACACACACACACACACACACACACACACACACAUGCUUACACUCAUACACACGCACACAUGCACACAUGUUUACAGUCAUACACACACACGUACACAUCCUCACAUUCAUACACACACACCUUGUCAUGAUCCUUUCCCUCAUCAAUCAAUCACAUACACACACACACACACACACACAUGCACACACACACACACACCUUCCUUCCCUCAUCAAUCAUUGGAUUGGUGUUUUUUUCAUCACAGCACAGACUGCAGGGGGGUACCCCAAUAACUACAGACUGGAGGGGGGUACCCCAAUAACUACAGAUUGGAUACCCCACUUACUACAGACUGGAUACCCCACUAACUACAGACUGGAGGGGGGUACCCCAAUAACUACAGAUCGGAUACCCCACUUACUACAGACUGGAUACCCCACUAACUACAGACUGGAGGGGGGUACCCCACUUACUACAGACUGGAUACCCCACUAACUACGGACGGGAGGGGGGUACCCCACUAAGGACCAGCGCUGGUUUGGACUCAAGUGCUGGAGGUUCCACAGGGCUCUGUACACGGCACCUUAAUGAAUGUAACAAAUCUGCUCAGAACACGACCUGCCAACGUCCCCGACCCCCGACAUCUGACCCCCGACAUCUGACCCCUGACCUGCUCCAGAUGCAGCUGGUUGGGACGGAAGGCUAGCGUGACCUUUGACCCUGCAUAGGAGGCUGGUACCAUGUGCAGAUCUAUGAGCAGGAAUGGAAUGUAGGAUCCAUAAUUAUGUUAUCUCGUAGUUAAUUAAUAAUUAAUAAAUAAUUAUGUUUCCUUAGUGUGUUAUUAUCUGUAACUACCAAUAAUAUUUCCAUCAGCUUAGAAUGCGCCCUCCGUGUCCCCUCACAGAGCCCAUGCGUCUACGGCAGCUCGGAGAGGACAAACUGUACCAGUGGCGCCAGAGACCAGUGGCCUCUAUAGGGGAUCAUUUGGGUGCAGUCUGCAACCUCAACACUAGGUGGCAAUGAAUCCAACAUGUGGCACCCUUUAGCUGAGCUGAACACACACACACACACACACACACACACACACAGCUAUUCCCAGAGCUGAACACACACACACACACAGAGAGACACACACAGAGACACACAUACAUACACACACACACAGAGACACACAGAGACACACAUACACACACACACACACACACACACACACACACACACACACACCAGUAUCUCCAUGGCACCACUAUCAUGACUCCUCGGGCUUCUCCCCUGGUGCCCGUUGUGCUGCUGGUCAGUGAUGUCACGCCACCUGGGCUCUGCUGAGUAACGAGCUGUUUCUACAGUUACUCGACGCCGAGGACUGACGACGUGUUUCUGUACUAAUGGACGCUGAUGACUUGUCUGCCUUGUCUGAGGUGGGGAACGGCGGCUUGGUCUUCCCCAUCCCAAAUUAUGGUGCCACUUUGGGUUUAUGAAGAUAUAGCUUUUAAAAGAGAGAUGUUUAUAAACAUGAUUACAGACAAGUCCGUGUAUACACACCACAGACGUUAUAUACAUGCUACGCAACGCAAAUGAACAUGAAAUAAACAUACGCUUUUGAAACCCCUA